AUGCUUGCAUCAAAAAGAGAAUCAUCAUUAUAACCACCAUUUACAGCAAUAGGAGUAUCGAAAAUUUUUGAAUCAUGUGUUCAAAAAAAUUUUUCAUUAAAUGAUAGUCCUUUUAAAUAAGCUUUAUUAAACGUAAGUUCGUAUGGUAAAACUUGGAAUGCUCUUGUGAAAUGGGUGAAGACUUAGAUUGAAUCAGAUAAAAAUGUGUUAAUACCACAAUUCGGUUAAAUUAAAGGAAAGUUAAUAGAAGGAGCUGAUUAAAAAUCAGUGGUAUUCUCACUGAAUGAUAGCUUUUUAAUUUAAAAUAACUUGAAAUAUAAAAAUGAAUAUGAUGAUUUAACCUUCCCAUAAGUUAAUAUCUAGUAUAGCCAAAUAGCUAAAUUUGUAGAAAUGGAUAAGACUGUUGUUCAAUAUAUUAUUAACUCUAUCUUCACAGAAAUAAUGAGUAUUUUAGUUAAUCAGAAGAAAAUCAGUCUUAACUUAGGGUUGCUUGGUAUUUUUAAGGUAGAUUAAUCAAAAAAUGUAGUAUUUAUGCCACAAUCUCAAGCUUAGGACUCUGUUAUUAUAAAGAGAUAAGCUAUAAGAAGUUUACAUUAAAUAACUUCUGCUAAACCCUAACGUUUACCUAAAUUAUUUAAGGACGAUGAUAGAAGUGAACUUCUUAAUUAAUCUAUAAGGGACCAAACUGAUCUAAAUGAUUCUUUCCUCAACAAGACAAUGUUAACUUACAAGAAAGCUCAAAGCUAAGAUUUUAGUCAAAUGAAUCUUUCUUUUAAUUAAUCUUCACUAAAUAAUAUAAAUAACAAUAUGACUUUUAAUGCUUUGAAUCAAACAGGAUACUCACCUUCUAAUCCAAAAAUUCAUAGACCAGCUCCAUUAUAAAAUAGAAGAAAUUUUCGUUUUAUGUAAAAAAGCGUCCUUCCAGAUGAUAUAAAUAGCGGAAUGUCUUUUCAUUAACAAAAAAUAUAAAGCUAAAUGAAACAUAUUUUAAGAGAGCUUACUCCAAAAAAAGAAUUAAAGACUGUAGAUGAAACAGAAUCCCCAACAAGGAGAUACAUAAAACCUGAUAUUUCAUUAAUAAAUUAAGAUUUGCUUGGGGCAGGCACAGAUCCUUUGGCAAGAGAAAGUGACUUUUCAGCUUUAGCAUAAAAUGCCUCAUCUUUAAUUAAUGCCCACUUUGUAAAGCCAUAGGUUGCUAGAAUAAGAUUUCCACCUGUUUUGGACAGAUCAUCUAGAACUAUCGCUGCUCCAGUCUCAGCUACUAUGCUUAAUCUUAGUCCUUCAUAAAGAAUAGGAACAAACUAUACAUACACAGCAAGAUUUUUAUAUUUAGACUAGGAUGAUAAAUGUGUUAAAACAUUAAGGAACAGUAAUAAUAGUAUUUAAUUUUAAGCUAACAAAGAAUACUUAUAACCCACAGCUUCUUUAGAAGAAGAGUUACUCCAUUAUGUAGAUAGAGUUCAACAUCCAGAAUUAGAAGCUAAGAUACGCUCAAAAAAAACUUGUUACGAAAGAUACUAACUAUAUAUUCAAGAAUAAAUCUCAAAAGAUCAAGUAGCACCAAUGAGAUAGUAUUGGGUUGAUGCUAUAUUCGAACUUAUUCCUGGUUAAUUUGACCUUUUGGAUAAAGAGUAUAUUGGAAAGCUAAUUGAUAGAAUGUUAAUAGAAAUUAGCUUAGAUUAUUAUAAUGCAAUUAGAAAAUCUAUUUUAGAUUAUGUUUUAAUCAACGAAGAAGAAAGAUAAAGAGUUGGAAUAAUGUAAACUUUCUUCCCUAUAGUGAUAUAUGGCGAUGGAUAUUAUCAAGGAAUAGAACCUGAUGAUGAUUGGAAAAAUAAUUUAAUGGCAGCAAAAGAUGAAUUACUUGAUAAAAUGGUUAUAUAUAAUAGAGCUACUCUACAAAUUAGCUUUGAAUGGAAUACAGAAUUUAAGCCUAAAAUGAAACUACUUCAUAUUAGAGAAAAAAACGAGGAAUUAGAAACAAUAAAUAACUUUAGAAGCUAAAUGAAGUAUUUGAGGGAUUAGGCUUUCUAAAUUAUUAAAAAAGAUUGGAAUGAAUCAUUAGUUAGUAUUUAUAGAAGUAUAUUACUUGAAAUUGAAGAUAAUGAUGAAGAGUCUGAGAAAUUUUUUGAUUCUACUGCUAUUUUACUUAGCAACCUAAUUAGAUAACACAUUACUGAGUAGGUUGAUAAUUAUUGCAAUUUUUUCAAAAGAUUUGAUGUUUAUCCUCGUUCACCAUAAGAAAUUUUAGCUGAUGAUAAAAGAGAUUUUAUUCAUUCCACUCAUUAUGAUGUUUUUUUGAAAAUAAUACUUGUUGCUGAUGAUAAUUAAAACGAGAUCAAAUUCGAAAAUGAAAUUGCUCAAAUAGAAAAAGAUCUUAUUGAUAUAUUAGAAGAUAUGAUUAGACUUUCUCAUAACAUCGCAAGGCCAGAGCAUUCCUUAGUUAGAAGCGAAAAACAUUAUCUUUUUAAAAUUUAAAUUGAUGAUAGCUCAGAUGAAACCUCGAAUGAUUAUCAUCUUAAAAGCAAUAAAAGAAGUAAUUCUAAUAAUUCCACCGAUGAGCUCUAUAUAAACUCAAAGAGAAUGAUUGAAAGAAUUAUUUCAAAAAAUCUAGACAAAGUUGAAGAAGUUUUACCUAUUUACAAUGAGUUUAGCUUCUUGUUAGAUCCUAUAGACAAAUUUAUAAAUGAAUUUUUAGACUCUACACCAACAAGAGAAGACUACAUUAAAAAAUUUAAGGAAUUUUAAUAAAUACAACUUAAUAUUGAAUAAAACCUUCCUCCUUUUAUCAGAAUGAAUAUGAUUCUCGUAGAUGGGUGCUAAGUAAAGAGAGAAUAUGUUAAAAUUUGCUCAUAAAUAAUGGAAAAGCUUGCUGAUAGUAUUGGAGAAACAAUAAAAUAAAAAAGCUUGCAAAUGGAUGCAGACAUUACCAAGCUGCUUUAAAACAUAUCAAAGAACGUAGAUAGUACUUAAACUUUGGUUCAUUUAGAAUAAGAAAUAGAAAGGAUUAGAAUGAAAGAAGAAAGAAGAAUCACAUUAGAAUAUAAAGAUUUGUGUGAAUGGAUGUCAUUUUAAAUAGGAAAACCUCGUAGAAUUGACUAAUCUGAAUUUUUGAAGUUGUAUGGUACUUCUCAAAAUGUUUAUUAGAUGAUGGAUUAAGUUGACAAAGAAGAAGAAAGAAUUAAAGAACAAAGAGAACAAAUAGAAGAAAACUUAAGAGUUUAGAAAAAUAAUUUCUAAAAAAAAAUAGAAGAAUUUCAAAUUAAAAUAUAAAAACUUAGAGAAUAUAGCUCACCAAUAAUGUCAGAAGAUGUUAAUAGAUUAAUUUCCGAAUAUAAUACUACAUUAAAUUAGAUGAUUGAAGAAAAAGCUUAAAUUAAUCAAGAUGAAGAGCUUUUAGGAUAAACUUAAACUGAGUUUCCACAAUUAGAAGAAGCUUUAUAAAACUUAAAACCUUAUGAUGACCUUUGGUCCUUAGUUGCAAAUUUAAAUAAUAAUCUCAAUUCAUGGUCUAAAGAAGGAUCCAUUUUCAGAUUAGAUCCUGAAACUAUAGAAAGAGAAACAAAAAUGAUGUUUUAGACUUCUAUGAAAUUAAAUUUCUUAUUUAACCCUCACCUUGCAACUGGAUCUGCACCUCCUAAGAAUUAGACUGGACCUGGCAAACUUAUUAGCUAGUUAGUUGAAUAAAUUAAAGAAUUUUAAACCCAAGUACCAAUUGUAAGAGCUUUAUGCAAUCCUGGUUUUAAAUAAAGACAUUGGGAAGAAAUUACAAAUGUGGUUGGUUUUGUGAUUUCAAUUGAAAAAGAAUACACUUUAAAAAGAUUAGUAGAUUUAGAAAUUAUUGAUCACCUUCCUAAAUUAGAGGAAAUAUCUGAAGCAGCUAGCAAAGAAUUUGCUAUUGAAAAGAUACUUAUUAAAAUGAGAGAAGACUGGGAUUAAGUUUAAGUUGAGCUUAAGGGCUGGAAAGAUACAGGGACUUAUAUUGUUUCUGGUAGCUCGAUAGAUGAAAUGUAAUAAAUUUUGGAUGAUUAAAUUGUUAAAACAUAAACUAUGAAGAGUUCCCCCUACGCUAAGAUUUUUGAAAAGAAAAUUAAUGAUUGGGAAAGUUGGUUAACAUUUACAUUUGAUUUUUCUGAGUAUUGGGUAAAGGUUCAAUCAGUUUGGAUUUAUUUAGAGCCUAUCUUUUCUUCACCAGAUAUUUUAAAAAGACUACCUUAUGAAGGUUCUAUUUUUAGAGAAGUAGAUUAAAAUUGGAGAGUUAUUAUGAAAGAUAUUCAUGAUAAAUUAAAAGUAUUAGAAUUCACUAGGAAUAGACAUUUACUUGAAAUUUUAAAAGAAUGCAAUAAUAAAUUAGAAAUUGUUUAAAAAGGUUUAAAUGCUUAUCUUGAAGGAAAGAGAGCUUCAUUCCCUCGUUUUUAUUUCUUAUCAAAUGAUGAAUUGCUUGAAAUUCUCUCAGAAACUAAAGAUCCUUUACGUGUUUAGCCACAUCUUAAAAAAUGCUUUGAAGGCAUAUAAAAAUUAAAUUUCGACUUGAACAAAAAAGUACACGGUAUGUACUCUUCCGAAGAGGAAUAUGUUGAAUUCUUAACCUAAGUUGACACAGCCAGUGCUUAAGGUAACGUUGAUGAAUGGCUUUUGUAAGUUGAAGGUAGUAUGAUAGAAGCAGUUAAGUAUGCAAUAGAAAAAUCUUUUGAAGAUUACUAGAAAAUAAAAAGAUCUUAAUGGGUUUAGGACAGAUGUGGAUAAAGUGUCUUAAAUAUGAGUAUGACUUACUGGACAUACGAAACAGAAAAAGCAAUUGGAUUAGGACCAAAGGGUAUUCAGAAACAUCUUGAUUAUUUAACCUAAUCAAUUGAAGACAUUGUAUCUUUAGUUAGAUAGAAUAUAUCAAAGCUUAAUAGAUGUACUAUUGAAGCUUUAAUUGUCCUCGAUGUGCAUAAUUAGGAUGUAGUUAGUGCAUUAGUUAAGGAAGGAAUAUCUAAAAAAGAAGAAUUCGCUUGGUAAUCGUAAUUGAGAUAUUAUUGGGAAGAAGCCAAUACUGUAGUUAAGAUCAUAAAUGCAGUUGUUGAAUAUAAUUAUGAAUAUUUAGGUAACUCCCCAAGAUUAGUUAUCACGCCUUUGACAGAUAGAUGUUACAGAACAUUGUGUGGUGCUAUACAUCUUAAUUACGGAGGAGCUCCAGAAGGUCCUGCAGGUACUGGUAAAACUGAAACAGUCAAAGAUUUAGCAAAGGCUCUCGCCCGUUAAUGUGUAGUAUUUAAUUGUUCUGAUGGUUUGGAUUACAAAGCAAUGGGUAAAUUCUUUAAAGGUUUAGCAAGUAGUGGUGCAUGGAGUUGCUUUGAUGAGUUUAAUCGUAUAGACCUUGAAGUGCUUUCUGUCGUUGCUCAAUAAAUAUUAACUAUUCAACUAGCCAGAGGUAAAGGUGUUGAUAAAUUUGUUUUCGAAGACACUUUGAUUCCUUUGAAACCUACUUGUAAUGUAUUUAUUACUAUGAAUCCUGGUUACGCAGGUCGUUCUGAACUCCCAGACAACUUAAAGGCUCUUUUCAGAGCAGUAGCGAUGAUGGUUCCUGAUUAUGCCUUAAUUGCUGAAAUAGUACUUUAUUCCUUUGGUUUUUCUGAUGCAAGAAACUUGGCAAGAAAGAUCGUUACAACUUAUAAAUUAUGUUCAGAGUAAUUAUCAUCUUAAGAUCACUACGAUUAUGGUAUGAGAGCAGUCAAAUCAGUCUUAACUGCAGCUGGUAACUUAAAAAGAAAAUAUGUAAAUGAAAACGAAAGUGUAUUGAUGCUUAGAGCUAUUAGUGAUGUCAACCUAGCAAAAUUCUUAGCUUUCGAUCUUCCUCUUUUCAAAGGUAUAACAAAAGAUCUCUUCCCUGGUGUUGAACUUCCAGAAAUUGAUUACUCAAAUAUGUUUGAGUGCAUAGAUGAAUCUCUGAGAGAAGAGAAUUUGUAAAAGGUUCCAUAUUUUGUUGAAAAAAUUAUUUAAUUAUAUGAAAUGAUUCUUGUAAGACACGGUUUGAUGGUUGUUGGACUUCCUUUUUCAGGUAAAACAUCUGCUAUUAAAAUACUAUAGAAGGCUUUAACAAAAUUAAACGAAAGAAAAUAAAUGGAUGAGAACAAGGUAUAAAUUACAGUUAUUAAUCCUAAGUCUAUCCCAAUGAAAUUUUUGUAUGGUUUUAAUGAUGAAAUUUCUCAUGAAUGGACUGAUGGUAUUCUUGCAGUAAAAUACAGAGCAUUUGCUAAAGCUGAGGAUGAUGAUCGUAAAUGGCUCAUUUUUGAUGGACCAGUUGAUGCAGUUUGGAUUGAAAAUAUGAAUACAGUACUUGAUGAUAACAAAAAACUAUGUUUAAAUAGUGGUGAAAUUAUCGCAAUGUCUAAAUCUAUGAAUUUAAUUUUUGAACCUAUGGAUUUGUAGGCUGCUUCUCCUGCUACUGUAUCUCGUUGUGGUAUGAUUUAUAUGGAACCAUCAAGUAUGGGAUGGUAGCCACUCUAUUAAAGUUGGAAGAAGCACUUACCUAAAACAUUUAAAUAAGAGGACUUUGAUGAGCUUGAUUUACUGUUUGGAUUUAUGGUAGAUGCAGGUUUGAAUUGGAUUAGACACAAAGGUGUAGAAGUUUCAUCAACUUUAGAUUAAAAUCUAGUUCUUACUUUAAUGAGAUUACUAAAGAAUUUACUAAAAGAUUUUGAAGAUGAAAAAUUCUAUAGUGGUUUUUCAGACUCUAAAAUAAAAAUGCAAACUAUUGACAAUAAAUUUAUGUUUGCUUUUGUUUGGGGUAUAGGUGGUUCUCUGACUACUGAAUAUAGAAAAUAGUUUGAUGUCUUUGUAAAGAGAUUAGCUAAUGGAGAUAUUCCACUUGAUAAUGAUAAAAUACCGAGAAAGAAAAUGUCACUUCCUGAGCGUGCAAAUCUUUAUGAGUACUGCUUAGUUAAUAAGGAAUCAGUAGGAGGUGGUGGUAAGAAAUAAGUUGUAAGUGAAUGGGUAUUGUGGGUUGAUGAAAUAAAGAAAGAAGAAAUAUCAAAUAAAAUUUAGCCUUAAGAAAUAUUAAUUUAAACAACAGACACUUCUAGAUAUUCUUAUAUGAUAAAUGUAGCAAUUCAAGAUGAAUUCCCUGUUCUUCUUUGCGGUCCUACUGGUACAGGAAAAUCUACUUACAUAAAGAAUAUUCUUAAUAAUCACUUAGAUGCUGUUAAAUAUAUAACAAUUGAAAUUGGUUUUAGUGCUUAGACAUCUUGCACAUAAACACAAGAAAUUAUUGAUUCUAAGUUGGACAGAAUUUCAAAAGGAGUUUAUGGGCCAAGAAAUAAGAGAUUAGUAGUUUUUAUUGAUGAUUUAAAUAUGCCUGCUAAAGAGUAAUGGGGAGCACAACCUCCUAUUGAAAUUCUUAGAUAAAAAUUAGAUUAAGGUGGUUGGUAUGACAAUAAAGAUAAAGAGAAAUAGUUCAAAUAAAUCAUAGAUACGUAACUUAUUAGUGCUAUGGGUCCACCUGGAGGAGGCAGAACUUUCAUAACUCCUCGUAUUUUAAGACAUUUUAGUUUAAUUAGUUUAGCUAAUUUCGAUGAUGAAAACCUACACAGAAUUUUUGGAACUAUUUUAGAAUGGUAUUUGAAAAAGGGAUAAUUUGCUGUAGAAGUUUAGAAAUUUGCUUCUAAAAUAAUAACUGGUACUCUUGAUAUAUAUAAACAGGCUAUUUCUGAAUUACUCCCAACACCUGCAAAAUCACAUUAUUUGUUUAAUUUAAGAGAUUUCGCAAAGGUAAUUUUUGGUAUUUGUAUGAGUGAUAAAGAUAAAGUACAAAAUCCUGAACACAUAACGAGGUUGUUUGUCCAUGAAAUAUGGAGAGUGUUUGGUGAUCGUUUGAUUAAUGAUGAUGAUAGAUUAUAUCUUCUUGAAGAAAUUAGAAAAGUUGUUGCUAGAUUCAGUAUGAAUUUUGAUAAUAUAUUUGCUCAUUUAGAUAAGCCUGAUUUAAAGAAUAGAGGCUAAAAAGAUGGUAAAGUUAAUACUGUAGAAGAAAUGAGAGGUCUUAUAUGGACAGAUGUUAUGAAUCCUAUGGGUGCACAAAAAAGAUAUUAUGAGGAAGUAUUAGAUUACGAUAGAUUAUAAAAUGCAGUUGAGUAGGGAUUAUCUAACUAUAAUAUGAUGACAGAUAAGCCAAUGGAUUUAGUCUUAUUUAAUUUUGCUAUUGAGCAUCUUUUAAUCAUCUCACGUAUCUUGAAAAGUCCUGGAGGAAAUGCCUUAUUAGUUGGUGUAGGUGGUUCAGGUAGAUAAAGUUUAACAAGGCUUGCUGCUUCAAUUAGUGACUAUAAUGUUUGCUAAAUAGAAAUCUCUAAGCAAUACGGAAAAGUUGAAUUCCAUGAAGAUCUUAAAGUAAUUAUGAGGAGUGCAGGUUCACUUGGAAAACCUACUGUUUUCUUAUUUACAGAUUCUUAAAUUAAGCAAGAAUCAUUCGUUGAAGAUAUUAAUAGUUUACUUAAUACCUUUGAAGUACCAAACUUGUUUGCUCCUGAUGAAAAAGCAGAUGCCCUCGAAAAAAUGAGAGUUGCCACAAAAUAAGAAGGAAAAUAAAAAGAAGGAACUCCAACAUAAAUGUAUGCAUACUUUAUAGAAAGAGUAAAGAAAAAUCUCCAUAUCGUACUUUGUUUCUCACCUAUUGGUGAUGCAUUUAGAACUCGUGUUAGAAUGUUCCCUUCUCUAGUAAAUUGUUGCACUAUUGAUUGGUUUUAAGAGUGGCCUUAAGAUGCCCUGUUGAGUGUUGCUAACAAAUUUACUUAAAAUAUUCCUAUGGAUAAAAAUAUUAAAAAAAGUUGCAUAGAAUUGCUCUAAUAUUUCCACUAAUCAACAAUCAACUGGUCAAAAACAUUCUUUUCUAAACUGAGAAGAAAAUAUUAUGUUACUCCUACUUCAUAUAUUGAAAUGAUCUAAAGCUUUAAUAGUCUCCUAGAAGAAAAAAGAAAAAAACUACAGGCUGACUAAUUCAAGUAUGAAAAUGGUUAUGAGUAGAUUAUUUAAACUGAAAAAAAUAUUGGUAAAAUGUAAGAAGAUUUAGAAGCUUUGCAGCCUUAGCUCAAGCAAGCAGCUAUAGACACUGAAAAAAAAGAAUUAGAAGUUACUGAAUAGGCUAAAGAAGCCGAUAAAUUAAAGAAAGUCAUUUCAGAAGAAGAAGCAGUAGUUUAAGUUGCUGUUAAUGAAGCAAAUGAAAUUAAAGCAGAAUGUGAAAAAGAUUUAAAAGAGGCUUUACCAGCUUUGUAAGCAGCAGAAGAUGCCUUGAGAGUUUUAGAUAGAAAAGAUAUCGAUCAGUUAAAGGCAAUGAAAAAUCCUCCCCUGCCUGUAAAAACAGUUAUGUAAGCUCUGUGCCUUAUUUUAUAUCCUAAUCCUUCAGAAAAAAAGAAAAACAAUGAAACAUUAAGAAUCGAAAUUGACUGGUGGGCUGCUUCUUUAAAGCUGCUAAACAACACUGGUUUACUUUAAACACUUGUGCAAUUUGAUAGAGAUAAUGUUGAAGAAGGAAUUAUAGUUAAUCUUGGAAAAUUCUUGAAAGACCCAGCAAAUGAAAGAAACCUCGAUAUAAGUGUAGUCUAAAAUGCUUCUACUGCUUGUAAGUGUAUUAUUAUGUGGAUCAAUGGUAUUUAUAGCUAUUAUUUUGUUUACAAGAAAGUUAAACCAAAAAAAAUUGCUUUGAGAUAAGCUGAAGAAAAGGUAGGUGGUUUAAAUGCUACUCUUUCUAAAAAGUAAAAAGAACUAAAAGAAGCAAAUGAUAAAGUUCAAAGACUUAAUGAUGAAUUGACCUUUACUCAAAAUAAUAAAAUAAGACUUUAGUAGAGGUAUCAGGAGUGCUAGUUACAAUUAGAACGUGCUACCUAGCUAAUUGAAUCAUUAGGUGGUGAGAAGGGAAGAUGGAAAGAAUUAGCUGAAUAAUUAAAAUCUGAAUAUGAUAAGCUUACUGGUGAUGUUCUUAUUUCAUCAGGUGUAAUAGCAUAUUUAGGAGCCUUCACUUCUGCAUUCAGGUAAGAAAUUAUUACUGAAUGGACUAAGCUUUCAAAAGAGAGAAAUAUACCCUCAAGUGAAAAUUUCAGCUUAAGCCAUGUGCUAGGUGAUCCUGUUAAGAUAAGAUCGUGGAAUUUAGAUGGUUUACCAAGCGAUAACUUCUCUAUAGAUAAUGGUAUAGUUAUUUUUAAGGCAAGAAGAUGGCCAUUGUGUAUUGAUCCUUAAAAUCAAGCAAACAAAUGGAUUAAGAAGAUGGAACAACAAAAAGGCCUUUACAUUAUAAAACUAAGUGACAGUGAUUACUUGAGAACCUUAGAAAAUGCUAUAUAAUUUGGAAAACCUGUCUUACUUGAAAAUGUAGGUGAGGAUCUAGAUCCUUCACUAUCUCCUAUCCUUCUAAAAUAAACUUUUGUUAAAGGUAACUCUGUUUUCUUAAAACUUGGUGAUCAAACUCUUGAAUAUUCUAAGGAUUUCCGCUUUUAUAUCACUACCAAAUUGAGAAACCCUCAUUAUCUGCCUGAAAUUUCAACUAAAGUUACUUUGAUUAACUUCAUGAUUACUUAUGAAGGUCUUAAUGAUUAAUUACUUGGUAUUUUGGUCAAGAAGGAGCGUCCUGACUUAGAAGAGGAAAAAGAAAGACUUAUUAUUGAAGGUGCUUAAAAUAAAGCUCAAUUAUUUGAAAUUGAAGAAAAAAUUUUAUAGGUUCUUUCCAGUGAUAAAAAUAUCCUAACAGAUGAAGAAGCUAUUAAGGUUUUGACAGCUUCAAAAGAAAAAUCCAACGAAAUCAAUGAAAAAUAAGCAAAUGCUGAAAUUACUGAAAAAAGUAUUGAUGCUGCUCGUCAGGAGUAUCAAGAAGUUUCUUAAGAAGCCUCCCAUUUGUUCUUUGCCAUCUCAGAUCUAGUGAGCAUAGAUCCUAUGUAUUAGUAUUCUUUGGUUUACUAUAUUGACUUGUUCUCUCAAUCAAUUCUGAAGUCAGAAAAAUCAGCUAAUGUAGCUGUAAGACUUGACAAUUUAAAAACAUAUUUCUUAUAUUCGCUAUAUUCAAACAUUUGCCGUUCACUAUUCGAAAAAGAUAAAUUGCUACUUUCAUUCGUAUUAUGCGAGCGUUUAUUAGAAUUUAAAGGCUAAAUAUUAAAUGAUCAUUUUAGAUUCUUGUUGACAGGAGGUCUAGCUGUAAGCGAAAAACUUCCUGAUUUACCCAUUGACUGCUAGUGGUUGUCUAACAAAAGCUGGGGUGAAAUAAAUAGAUUGAGUGCUCUACCAAAUUUUGAAGAAUUUUACAUGACAUUCUAUGACUACAGCAAAUAAUGGAAAGAUAUAUAUGACUCUCCUGAACCACAUAAAAAGCCAUUACCUAAGGAUAUUGCUAGUAAGUUUGACUCAUUCCAUAGACUUCUUAUACUAAGAACUUUAAGACCAGAUAAAAUGAUACCUGCUAUUAUGGAUUUCAUUACAGAGAGACUAGGUAAAAAGUUUAUAGAACCUCCUCCAUUUGAUCUAGCUGCCACUUAUUUAGAUUCAACAUGCUUUACUCCACUUAUUUUUAUUUUAUCUCCUGGUUCUGAUCCUUUUGCAUCUUUAAAUAGUUUUUCAGAGCAAAAGAAGAAAAAUAUAACAGCUAUUUCUUUAGGUUAAGGAUAAGGGCCUGCUGCACAAAAAAUGAUCUAAGAUGGUCAAAAGUCAGGUAAUUGGGUUGUUCUGUAGAAUUGUCACUUAGCUGUCAGCUGGAUGCCUACUUUAGAAAAAAUUAUUGAAGAAUUCAACACAGGCAAUACUGAUCCUGAUUUUAGAUUAUGGUUGACUUCUUAUCCCUCUGAGAAAUUCCCAACUGCUAUACUUUAAGGUGGUGUUAAAAUGACUACUGAAGCUCCUAAGGGUCUCAAAUCUAAUCUUUUGGGUAGUUAUUUAACGGAUCCUAUUUCAAGAGAAGAUUUCUUUAACAGUUGCUAAAAUUCAAGAGCAUUUAAAAAUUUACUAUUUGGGCUUUGCUUCUUCCAUGCGGUAAUUCAAGAAAGAAGAAAAUAUGGUCCUCUUGGUUGGAAUAUUCCUUAUGAAUUCAAUGAAUCUGAUUUACGUAUCAGUGUGAGAUAGCUAUAAAUGUUCUUAUUAGAAUGUCCAAAUAACAGUUCUAUUCCUUUUGCAGCACUUAAGUAUUUAACUUCUGAAUGCAAUUAUGGUGGUAGAGUUACUGAUGAUAAAGACAGAAGAUUAAUUACGACACUAUUAGGUGAUUAUUACAAUUUGAAAGUGAUUGAAGAUCCAUUAUAUAAAUUUGCUCCCGAUCCAAACUAUAGAAUUCCAGAUAAUGAUUCUUAUGAAGGAGCCUUACAGUUUAUAAAAGAUCUUCCUAUAUAUACAAAACCCGAAGUUUUUGGCUUCCACUCUAAUGCAGAUAUUACCAAAGAUAUAAAUGAAACAACUCUAUUCUUAGAUUCUCUUUUGUUAUGCUCUAGUGAAGGAGGAUCAUCUGAAGGUAGUUCUCAUGAUGAUACUUUGAAGAAGCUGAUAGAAUCAAUUAUGGGUGAUUUCCCAAAAGAAUUUGAUGUGGAAUAAGCAAUUAUAAAAUAUCCUGUAAACUACAACGAAUCCAUGAACACAGUGCUUACUCAAGAAUUAAAUCGUUUCAAUAAGCUAAUUUCAAUUAUUCGUUCUUCACUUAAAGAUAUUAAUUUAGCAUUAUAAGGUAAAAUUCUCUUAAGUCAAAGCUUAGAAAGGGCAUGUAAAUAAAUUAUUGAUGGCAAAGUACCUCAGCUCUGGAUGGAAAAAUCGUAUCCAUCCUUAAAACCAUUAGGUGCUUAUGUUAAUGAUUUGAGAAUGAGAUUAAAAUUCUUUUAGGAUUGGAUAGAUAAUGGAGCACCAGUAAACUUUUGGAUUUCUGGAUUUUACUUCACUCAAUCUUUCCUUACAGGUGUUCUUUAAAAUUUCGCAAGAAAGUAUGUAAUUCCUAUCGAUGAGAUUGAGUUUGACUUUAAAGUUAUGCAUAAGUCAGAAGAAGUUAAGCCAGAAGAUGGUGCUUAUGUAUUUGGUCUUUUCAUAGAAGGUUCAAAGUGGAAUCCUAUACAAAUGGAGUUGGAUGAAUCUGAUCCAAAAGUUUUAUUUGUUUAAUGUCCUACUCUCCUUCUUAAGCCAUCCCAAUCAAAAAAAUUAAGCAAUUUCCCUCAUUAUAACUCUCCUGUAUAUAAAACAUCAGCAAGAAGAGGAACUCUUUCUACAACGGGUCACUCAACAAAUUUCGUAAUGUGGAUUAGACUACCAAGCUCUAGACCUGAAAAGCAUUGGAUUAAGAGAGGUGUAGCAUUAUUGACACAAUUGGAUGAUUGA